GGCUGUUGUUGUUUUGUGACACUGUACACAAAUUGAAUUGAAUAAUUCAGUGAAAUUGAAUAAAGAUUACAGUCUGAGUAAUUACAGUACAGAUUUGUGUUAAAUAUCCACACAGACAAAAAGAGGAACCUGCCACACGCUGACACGAACAGACUACAGAUUUAAAUUUAAACCACAUAAAACCACAUCCUUUCAUAUAAAAAUUAAUAUAUAACUUCCUGUGACACCAAAACGUAUUACAGACACAUUAGUGAACUCACUGGAUGGUGAGUGCUGGUGAACAAAGAUGGGUGUUUGUUUUAGGCACAAUCAAAGGAGAGUAUGAAGAUGAGACUCAUUUUGGAACCCAAGGUCUUCACAGUUGUGAAAAACUACAAAGAGGAAUACACUGGAGAUGUGCAAAAUGGAGACAUCUUCAUUGUGCAACAUCAUAAAUGGAGCAUCGAUGCUGGAGUUUACUGUGUCGAAGACACACGGAUCAUUCGGCUGAAAAAAAAGUUUUUCAUCAGCACAGAGGUACAGAAGGUAAAUGUGCACACGUUCACCAGAGGAAACAGAUUUGCAGUCUAUAGGAAGAAAGGAGGAAUCCCUCAUUCAUUCAGAGAAAAUGUUACUGAAGCAAUGAGCAGAGGUCCAGAGUACAGUUUAAGCAGAUACAACUGUAUUGAUUUUGUCAUGGAUCUUCUUGAAGUUGAUCUAAAGCCGACUGUACAGGACUGCAUAAAUAUUGGACUCGGCACUAAACCAAGGGGCUUCAAAGUUGUCAAAAAAUUCUCUGACAGUUAUCCUGGAAAUGCAAAGUUAGGGGAUCUGUUUAUCGUGGAAAGUGCAAUGAGUGAAAUAGGAUAUCACCAUGCUGGAGUGUGUUGCUGUGAAAGUGGACAGGAGAUUAUUCACUUCACACCCUUGUAUCCUGGGUCCUUUGGGAUCAGUGCUGCAGUCUCUUCCUUAUCCACUUCCUGUCAAGGUCUCGUCAGCAAAGUGAACGUUAAAGGCUUCACACACAGCAAAUUUGCAGUUUAUAGGAAGAAGACAGGAAUCUCUGACUCAUUCCAGGGAAGAGUCGCAGAAGCAAUGAUCCAAAGCCCAAAAUAUCAACUCUUGCAUUAUAACUGCAUUCACUUUGCCCUGGAGCUUUUUUAUGGAGAUCUGGAGGACAAAGACAGAAACGUGGAAGAUCUAAUGAAACUGUUAUUUGAUGAUUUUGAAGAAACAGAAAAUUUUUCAUUGUGACAUUAAUACACUUGUAAAACACACACACACACACACACACACAUACACACACACUCACUCACACACACACACACACACACACACACACGCACACACACACACACACACACACACACACACACACACAUUCACCACUCUGAUUGAAAGUUAGCAUGUGUUCAGCUAAAUGCACUUAAAGCCUUAAAUAUAAAUGUGUUUGAAAUGUGUGUAAAGAUAAAGAGCAACGUCUUUUCAUCACUAAAUAAAGUGUUGUUUUUGUCAUUUGUUUUAUGUUGAAAUGUCCUUGUUGGACACAGAGACUGCUGAUGGAUGAUUUUUGUUCUAUGCUGUAAUUAUUAGAGAUGAAAUGAGUUGUGAAUUUUGAUUGCAUUGUUUCAUAUAAACUGAUAAUUCAAUAAUGUAGGUUAAACUCUUUUAUUAGGAUUUAUAAUGGUUAUUGUUUCCUCUGUCAUUUCAUGUUAUAUGGUUCAUUAUUGAUUUAGAGAAUCAAACUUCUUGUAAAAAGCAAACAAAGUUAAAUCAAUGGAUUUUAUUGAACAUUACAGAGUGAAGAGAAUAGAUAGGGUUUAGAAAUAGACACGAGUUUAUAUACAUAUUUAACUAACUAUAAUACAGAAAUGUGUUAAAAUAAAAUUGUAUAUAUAAAUUUGUUAGCUUUAAAGGAAAAUUGUGUAAAUUGUGUUGAGCUUUGUGAGGAACAUUUACUUACUUUUCUUUUAAAACUCUAAAUAUUACAUUAUGAACUGUAGAGUUUUUUAAUACAUCACUGCUAUAAAAACAAUUUAUUCUGUUCUUUAUUCUUGUGAUUUUAAAAUGAGUGAAUACAACAAGUUUUAAAGUUUGAAAAUGGCUUUUAAUGAAAAAUAACUUCAAACUGUACAAAUAACAGGUUUCUAAUAUUUCCAUCAAAAACCAUGUAAAUUUUCCCCUUAAAGUAACAGCAUAAAAACAGGAAAUAAACACAAACACAAUCCAUAAUCCAUAAAUUAAAACGAUAAUUUCAUAUCGUUCAGGUUUGUAAUCAGAUUAAAGAUCAAUGUUUCCAACAAACACCUGAGACUUCAAUUA